UUUAAACGUGAUAUCAAGAAAUACUGCGUCAAAUCAUCAAUUAUAUAUUUGAAUAAUAUACCUAAUUUGGUGUAAACUUUUAUUAAUAUUUUAUCCUGUUAUAUUUUAUCUUAAUAAGUGAUUAGUGUAAAAUAGACGUUUUGUACUUAUUAAUUAUGACUGUGGACUAUAUUCAGUUUGGAUAUGCUGCAACAGUAGCUGCAGGAGGAAUUUUCGGCUACGCGAAAGCAGCUAGUAUUCCUAGUCUAUCGGCAGGACUACUAUUUGGAUCAUUGUUAGGAUUUGGAGCUUAUCAGUUAUCCAAAAAUCCUAAUAAUUUAGCUCUCUCUUUAAGUACUAGCGCUGUUCUUGGAACAAUAAUGGGAGUAAGGUAUAUCAAUAGUGGAAAAAUAAUGCCUGCUGGUUUGUUAGCUGCACUUAGUUUAGCUAUGGUGGUAAGACUAGGAUCAAGACAAGUUAUUUUAUGGUCAUCAAAAAACCAAUAAAUGAACCUAGGGAAACAAGUCAUGAAUUGCAAUUAUCUACUGUAAACAUAUCAGAAGAGCAAUCUCAAAAUUUACAUAAAUGACAUACAAAAUCAAAGUUAAAUUUUUGAAAUUAUUACUUGUAUAAUUUAUCAUAGUUAAUAACAUUAUUUCCCUAGGUUUAAAUAAUUAUUAAUUGUUUUAAUUUGGAAAAUAAAACAUUUUUAAAGUUUAAUAGUAUACAUACAAGUUUAGUAUAAGGAUUGUAGAAGAUUGGAAAUUGUGGAAUUUAUGUAAUAAAAACUAUUAAAAAUUA